AACAAGAAUCGAUAAAAAUGGCGUAUAUUGCUGGAGUGGAGCUUGGAGGCACGACAUGUAUUGCCGCAAUUGCAGAGUUACGCCAACCAACAAAGAUUAUUGCGAGUUUCGAAACAGAAACAGAAGCUAGGCCACAGGAGACGCUCUCAAGUUUGACGAAAUUCCUUAAGGAGAAGCGCACGAGUCUGGGCAUUGCUUCAUAUGAAGCUAUCGGAAUCGCUUCCUUUGGGCCAGUUGAUCUGUGCAGGAGUUCUCCAACCUACGGCUUUAUCACCACAACUCCAAAAGAACCUUGGAGAAAUACCGAUAUAGUCGGCUUUUUUAAACGUGAAUUCGGCGACUCCACUCCAAUUGGGUUCGAUACAGAUGUCAACGCACCAGCAAUGGCUGAACUCGCGAAAAUUGAACACGAUCCCGCGGAUCCUCCCACGGUGGUUUACAUCACUGUAGGAACUGGUGUCGGCGUAGGAGCUGCGGUGUGUGGGAAACCCUUACACGGGCUUCUUCAUCUCGAGGGAGGACAUACUAUGGUACCUCCCCUCGAUGGGGACAGCUACCCUGGGGGGUGUGGUUUCAACCAUGGGUAUUGUGUAGAGGGCAUGGUGCACUCUAAAGCAAUUGCAGCUCGAGCUAAGGUGAGCCAAAGGGAACUCCAUACCCUAACAGAUGAUCAUGAGGUGUGGGAGAAGGCUGGCUACUACCUCGGAGUUCUAUGCCUAAAUGUCACAUAUCUGCUCUCUCCUCAUGUGAUUGUCUUGGGGGGAGGAAUCCUGAAGCGCAGAGUACUUUUUAGCAAAGCAAGAAGAUGGUUUAAGGAUUUAAUGAAAGGAUAUCUUGAGGUAGAGAAAUUCAAGACAGAAGAUGGAUUGGCAAGUUACAUUAGGGGAAGCGUUUUUGGUGAUUCAACUGGAAUUAUCGGUGCUUUAGAACUGGCCAGGAAAGAAGUCUGUAACAGAAAUUGAAAAAAAAAAAAACUACUGAUAAGAUGGAUGUUUGAUA